AUGGGUUCUUCUUCUGUUGGUGGAGCAGAAUCAUCAUCGUCUUGUUCUUCAAAUUUGAGGUGGAGUUAUGAUGUGUUUUUGAGUUUUAGAGGAGAGGAUACUCGAGACAAGUUCAUCAGUCAUCUUGUUGUGGCCUUACGUCAAAAGGGCGUCAAUUUCUUCAUAGAUGACAAGCUAGAUAGGGGUCACCAAAUUUCUAAAUCCCUUCUCAAAUCUAUAGAGGAGUCUAGGAUUUCUAUCAUUAUUUUCUCCCAAAAUUAUGCAUCUUCCACGUGGUGUUUGGAUGAACUGGUGAAAAUAAUUGAGUGUAUGAGAUCGAAGAAACAAAGAGUUCUGCCAGUCUUCUACAACGUUUGUCCGACUGAGGUUGUAAAACAAACUGGUAGUUUUGGUGAAGCAAUGGCCAAAUAUGAAACAAAUCGGUUAAUGAUCAACAAGAUUCAACCAUGGAAGGAGGCUUUGACCACUGCUGCUACUUUGUCUGGUUGGGAUCUUCCAAAUUAUUGGAAGAAUGAAGCUCAUCUUAUUCAUGACCUUGUAGAGAAGGUGUCUAUAUUAAAACAAACACAACUACUAAAUGUAGCCAAGCAUCCUGUUGGAAUUGAUUCUCAACUUAAAGCUGUUGAGGAAUUCGCCUCCCAUGGUGUGUUAGAUAAUGGUGUCAACAUGGUGGGGAUACAUGGGAUGGGAGGGAUUGGUAAGACAACUUUGGCCAAAGCUUUAUACAACAAAAUCACAUAUGAAUUUGAAGCUUGUUGCUUUCUUUCAAAUGUUAGAGAAGCUUCAGAGCAAUUUAAUGGUCUAGUUCAACUGCAAGAAAAAUUACUCAGUGAGAUCUUUAAGGAUAAUAACUUGAAGGUUGACAAUGUGCACAAAGGAAUGAAUAUCAUGAAGGAUCGAUUGUGCUCAAGGAAAGUUCUUAUAGUUUUGGAUGACGUGGAUAAGGACGAUCAAUUAGAUGCAUUGGUAGGUGGACGUGAUUGGUUCGGUCGUGGUAGCAAAAUCAUUGUGACAACAAGAGAUAGACAUUUACUUGAAAGAUAUUCAUUUGAUAAAAUACAUCCUAUUCAAUUGUUGGAUUAUGUCAAAUCUCUUGAGCUUUUUUGUUGGCAUGCUUUUAAGCAAAAUCAUCCAUCAAGGGAUUAUUUGGACCUUUCAGAACUUGUUGUACGCUAUUGCAACGGUCUUCCUUUAGCUCUUGUUAUUUUGGGUUCUCUACUUUGUAAGAGAGACCAAAAAAUAUGGAAAAGCAAAUUAGAUGAACUUAAAAACUUCCCGGAACCAGGUAUUGAAGCUGUUUUCCAAAUAAGUUUUAAGAGGCUUGAAGAAAAAAUGGGUCAGACGAUUGUACGUUGUAAAUCUUCUAAGCCAGAAAAAAGGAGUAGGCUGUGGGUGGCAAAAGAAGCUGUCAAGAUGUUGAUAGAAAAAUCCGGAACUCAUAAAGUUAAAGCCAUAAAGCUAGACUUGCGCAGCAACCGUCCAUUGAUUGUUGAAGCAGAAGCAUUUAGAAACAUGGAAAAUCUUAGGUUGCUUAUCCUUCAAAAUGCAGCAAAAUUUCCUACAAAUAUAUUCAAGUAUUUACCUAAUAUUAAGUGGAUUGAAUACUCAUCAUCUAAUGUUCAAUGGUAUUUCCCUAUAAGCUUUGUUGUGAAUGGCGGGCUAGUUGGACUAGUCAUAAACGGUGUAUCCAACAAACAUCCAGGGAUUAUAUUUGAGGAUUGCAAAAUGUUGAAGCAUGUUGAUCUGAGUUAUUGGCGGUUAUUAGAGGAAACUCCUGACUUCUCUGUAGCAUUAAACCUUGAAAAAUUAUAUCUUAGAAGUUGCAAACGUUUGGAAAUGAUUCAUGGAUCUAUUGCUUCUCUUAGUAAGCUUGUUACCUUGGACCUCGAAGGCUGUGAAAAUCUAGAAAAGCUUCCAAGUAGCUUCCUCAUGUUAAAGUCUCUUGAAGUUUUGAAUCUAAGUGGAUGCAUAAAGCUGAAAGAAAUUCCCGAUUUAUCGGCAUCGUCAAGCCUUAAGGAACUACAUCUUAGAGAAUGCUAUAAUUUGAGAAUAAUUCAUGACUCUUCCGUUGGAUCUCUCGAUAAACUUAUUGCCUUAAAACUUGAUUCUUGCCAUCUACUUGAAGAGCUUCCUAGUUGCCUCAGAUUGAAGUCUCUUGAUUCUUUGAGUCUCACUAACUGCUAUAAGCUUGAACAACUUCCAGAAUUUGAUGAAAAUAUGAAGUCUUUGAGGGAGAUGAAUUUGAAAGGUACAGCCAUAAGGAAGUUACCCUCAUCAAUUAGAUAUCUUAUUGGGCUUGAGAAUUUGAACCUUAGUUAUUGCACAAACCUGAUUUCUCUUCCAAGUGAAAUUCAUUUGUUAAAGAGUCUUAAGGAACUUGAUCUUCAUGAGUGUUCUAGACUCGACAUGUUUCCCUCGGGAUCAAGCUUAAAUUUUCCCCAACAAAGCUUAUUUUCAAACUUGACUAUAUUGGAUCUACAAAAUUGCAACAUAUCAAAUACAGAUUUUUUGGAAAAUUUAUCUAAUUUCUGCACUACCUUGAAGGAGCUAAAUUUGUCCGGAAACAAAUUCUGUUCUCUACCUUCCCUCCAAAAUUUUUCAUCAUUGAGGCAUCUUGAACUAAGGAAUUGUAAGUUUCUUCGAAACAUUGUGAAGAUUCCACAUUGUUUAACCCGAGUGGAUGCUAGUGGUUGCGAAUUGUUUGUAAUAAGUCCUGACUACAUUGCCGAUAUCAUGUUCAGAAAUCAGGACCUUGAAUUAAGGAACUUCAAAAGAGAGCUAAUCGUAGCGUACAGCAAGAUCCCGAAAUUCUGCAACAAUCAAACCACAGAAAGUUCAACAAGUUUUAGCUUUCAACAGAAUUCAGAUACGAUCAUACCUGCUUUGGUUGUGUGUGUUGUUUUCAAAGUGGAUGAAGAUUCAUGUGAUGCUGAGGGUUUUAUUCGUUUUCAAGUAUUGAUUGAUGGUUAUGAUGCCUACUAUGGAAGGUUGGUGUGGGUCAAAAUCAGAGCAUAUGUUGUUACUAAGAACUCCUCCAUCACAAUUGAUAUACUUGAACGAGAAUAA